GGUAACUGAAAGCCCAUGACUGACCUCCUUAAAAUGAGGAACUGAAACGACAAAGGCAAAAUUAUAGUUAUUCAGUUGAAUUUUGAUAUUAAAGGUGUUAAAGCUAAUCGAAUUGGAGUGACGUAUCGGGCCAAUUGGAGGUGCUGGGGUCCCUAGAAGUGACAAUGGGUCGAUUUGAUUAGCUUGACUAACAUGUGCCACCAACCCUACACUAAAGCGGAACUAGACGAAAUCUGCUGUAAUCUCAGUCCAAAUGUCUGGAUAAAUCCACACCGUUCAGUUCUAGGGCUUGGCAACUAUGACGUCAAUGUUAUUAUGACCGCCCUUCAGUUGCGUAGCUGCGAGGCCGUUUGGUUUGACAAGCGAAAAGAUCCAUCCUGCAUAAAUUUGGACGUCAUUGUGGGCUUCAUACUGAACAUACCCUCAGACUACAAAUUGGGAAUUAUAACAUUGCCAUUACGCAAGCGCCACUGGAUUGCCGUGCGUCGAAUUGAAGAGCGUUAUUAUAACUUGGACUCAAAACUUUCGCUGCCCGAGUGUAUUGGCAACGAGGCUGAUGUGCUACAAUUUCUACGGGAACAGUUGAUGACCAAUGAGCGGGAACUAUUCCUUGUGCUAGAAAAUAGCGGGAGAGGGCAGGAGGAGGAGGGCUCCACACAACGUUGGCUAAGAGACUCGCAUGUUAGACACAAAACAACAAAUGGCACAUAAGUAAGCUGUUGGUGGAGAUUGAAAGACUUAUCUAGUCAUUAAUCGGUUAAAGUUUGUUCUGAAGAAUUUUGUACACAUGCAAUAAUUUAUAGGCUUUAGGUGAAUUCUCAAAUUUUCCACACUAGAAUUAAAAUUUGUGUUUUAUGCAUUUUGGCUUAAGAAAUUAUAAAUAUGUAUUUAUUGUUACAUUCUUUCCGGGCUCACGGAAAUAUUCUUAAUAAGCUGUUGUAUCAGCCUAAAGUCGCCUUGCAAUUUAUUCAACACAACUAUAAAAUGUAUUGGAUACAUGAACAGCGACUCUCUUUUGUAAUCCAAAUAAACUGGUCAUCUUAAUAAAA